UCAGCAUCCUAUGAAAAUGAUUUGAAAUUACCCAUUUCCUGGUGUGUAAUUACCUUGUGAAGGAAUGUCAAUCUGGAAAAGGAUGUAAACAAGUGAACCGUCAACAGUUCGGUGUUUUUGUACAACCACGUUACCAGGACGGUUUUAAUUUUAGUGUGGAAAAGAUGUACGAUUUAAAGGUUUACUCAUCCUGUAUCGUAAUAGCCAUCAAGGACGCGAUUGUGUUCUUUUCCCCCGACGGUGCUGUGUUGCAUAAAAUUGUCGUACAGCAAAAGCUACCCGCUGAAGGUACGGAAACCGGCAAUCAACAACAGAAUGGUAAACAACCCAAUAGCCAACCGGCAAACGUUGUAACGUUUGAGUACUCUCCAAGUGCGAAAGUGUUGGCUGUUUCGCUGAGCGAUAAAACGUUACAAUGCUAUCAAUUGCACCAGGAUGGGGAGAAGUUCUACUCCACGCCUUUAGGAGAUAGCAUUCCGACGGUGAGGACGAUUGUGUGCAUGAAAUUUCUGCCCAAACAUGGUGUUCUGGUCGGAUCGGAUAAAAGCGAUUGUUUUGAGUUUGAUGUGUUGGGCAAUUCGGUACAAAAGUCUAAAUGGAUACUUGGCCAUAUGAGCCAAAUAUUGGGACUAGCGGUUAGUGACGAUGAACGAUUAAUCAUAACGUGCGAUCGGGAUGAGAAAAUUAAAGUCAGCUCGUAUCCGGACUGUCACAACAUCGAGGGCUACUGUUUAGGCCACUUGGAGUACGUUGGUGGAAUAGAAAUAACACCCUCCCAAAAGCUCAUCUCCGUAUCGGGUGAUCGAACACUGCGCCUAUGGGAUUUUGCAGCAGGGAAGGAAAUAUGUCAGCUUUCACUACAGGAUCCUGCAGUUGGGUUAACGGUUCAAAAAGCAAUGGAUGAUAGCGAAAUGCUGUGUGUGAUUAGAAGUUCCGUUCAGAACAAGCUCGAGGUGGCUUUAGUGCAGUGUGGUACACCCAAUGCUAGCCUUCUCUAUGAUCCAUUAACGGUUGAGGAAAGCUUGAUCGUACUGAGUGCGGCUUUGAAUGACUCAUUGCAGCUAUUGCUAUUGGUAAUGGACAAGGAUAGUAAACGUGCCAGAAUGUUGGUUUAUGAUUUUUCUGUCGAUAAACAUCAAUUCAUAGCAAAUAUUGAUCAUCCUUUUGCGAAGAAUUUCGCGUCUCAGUUCAGCGAAGUAUCGAUUGAGCAAGUGCGUGAUUAUUCCACACUCUUCAAACACAGCAUCGACAACCUUUCGGAGUACUUUGAACGUAAGAAGCAAAAAAUUGGAUCAAAAAAAUCUAAAUAAAGCUUAGAGAAGCGUGCUAAAUAAUUAACACAAAAAAUACGCUUGUUUCGCUUG